AUGCUACGUCAAGUCGCCUGGAUCACGAACUCCUGCCCCCAUCAAGAGAAUCAGUUGGUCGCUUUCGUAAACCUGAACAUGGGACCAGGAGAAUGCGUCUGGAUAUGUGUGUCGAUGAUCUACGCUGCAAAAAUGGAGAAACUGAUGAAUGAAAAGAGGAUCAGCCCCUACCACACAAAAUAUUGGCCGACAGAGCAAGAUCUUAUCGACGCCGGUACCAGAAGCUCGUUCAGAAAGCCGGCGAUCUGA